ACCGCCCACCCACAGGACGCUAGGGUUUUCGAGGCACAAAACACUUUUCAUAUUUACCUGGCCGGCUUCUUCGACGAACUUUCCCUCCUGAUUUUCUCGACCAGCAAAUCCAUUAGCCAACCGUCAAAAUGGGCAGAGGACCGAAGAAGCACCAGAAGCGCCUUAGCGCCCCCUCGCACUGGCUUCUCGACAAGCUGUCGGGUGUCUAUGCUCCCCGCCCUUCCGCUGGUCCUCACAAGCUCCGCGAGUGCAUGCCCCUCAUCGUCUUCGUGCGCAACCGCCUCAAGUAUGCGCUCAACUACCGUGAGACCAAGGCCAUCAUGAUGCAGCGCCUCAUCAAGGUCGAUGGCAAGGUCCGCACCGACAUCACCUACCCCGCCGGCUUCAUGGACGUCAUCACCAUCGAGAAGACUGGCGAGAACUUCCGUCUCAUCUACGACACCAAGGGCCGUUUCACCGUCCACCGCAUCCAGGAUGAGGAGGCCAAGUACAAGCUCGGCAAGGUCAAGCGCGUCCAGCUUGGCAAGGGCGGUAUCCCAUUCUUGGUUACGCAUGAUGCCAGAACCAUCCGCUACCCCGACCCCUUGAUCAAGGUCAACGACACUGUCAAGAUCAACCUUGAGACUGGCAAGAUCGAGGACUUUGUCAAGUUCGACACUGGUGCCAUCGCCAUGGUUACCGGCGGUCGUAACAUGGGUCGUGUUGGUGUCAUCACCCACCGUGAGCGUCACGAUGGUGGUUUCAACAUCAUCCACGUCAAGGAUGCCCUUGACAACACCUUCGCUACCCGCGAGUCCAACGUUUUCGUUAUCGGCUCCGAGAAGCCCUGGAUCUCCCUCCCCAAGGGCAAGGGUGUCAAGCUCUCCAUCGCUGAGGAGCGUGACCGCCGCCGCGCCAACGCUCUUGCCCACUAAAUGUGUGCAAGUGUGUUUUCUGGUGCUUCAUGACUAAGGAUUUCGGGCAUAACGGGGGCUUUGGCUUGUUGAUACCUAACGUUCACUGAAAAAAUGCAUGCUGGGAUGGAGUUAAUAGGGGAAUGUGAAAUUCAAGAUACCCGUCGCGUAAGAACGACGACCCUUAGCUCCGUACCUAGGUAUUUCUAGUUUUAGCUGGAUGCCUAAACAUGGCUCCCUGAUACUGGAUCACAACAACCGGCCCUCUGGCCCUAUGCCUUAUUCAAACUUUGUCGGAUCCCAUCUUUCUCGCCAUCGUGAAUGUGAUGUGCUGACCUACUCUACCCAUUCGCGAUAUCUCGACGUCUGACGCCACUACACUAUCCGAGAGUUCUAGCUGGGGUUUAACUUAUCACGCAACAAAUGUGUGUACCAACCAUGCCCAAGAUGGCCUCAUGCCGUAACGACACAACAACCAACAACCUCCAAUAUCACUCGCCUCUAGACCACUCGGUCAAUUCGACCAUUCCCCCAAGGCACCCGCCGCGUUACUCCAUGUUCGUCCCGCCCUUACGAUCAGCAUCAUCAUCUUUCUAGAUUAGGAUUCCAAAGGUUUGACUUGACGCUGUACAUGGUCCAUAACAUACUACAACAUACGUGCUGACGAUCAGCACCUGAUACGGUCUUCUUCUUCUUCCAUGAUGCCCGGCAACAACGACAGACUCAGAACCCAAUCCAAGGUUAGAUCAGAUCACUUCCGCAUUUUCGUCUUCGUUUGCCACUCGAUUUGGCUCUUCAUCUGUAUCGAGGCACCAGUGGUGAUAAUGCUUAAACCAGCCCUGUCACUUUCCCGCUCUUUUCCCUGUACCCUUUUUCACUACCUACCUACCUACCUACCUACCUUACUCAUUUCGAUUUGUGCCGAGAGAGAGAGAGAGAGAGAGAGAGUAAAAGGGAGAGUCACCAUAAAUCGUCACUCACUCACUCACUCACUCCUACAGGCAAAUCAAAUCGGGAAACCCUAGCUAGUUGGUUGGAGAUUUCUCUCUCUCUGUGUGUGUGUGUGUGUGUGUAAAUUAUGUGAAUCAUUGGUCC